GUUACUGAGAAUGAGGAACCCGUGGGGUCGGUUCUCCUGGAAGGGAGACUGGUCAGACAGCUCGCCCCUGUGGACACCUGAGAUGAGGGACCGGCUGUUGGCACAUGGAGCGAGCGAGGGCGUGUUCUGGAUGUGCCUGGCUGAUGUCAUGAAAUAUUUUGAUUGCAUUGACAUCUGUAAGGUACGCCCAAACUGGAGCGAGGUUCGAGUCAGCGGAGUCAUCCCCAACUUUGCUGGGGGUCCUAUUAAGAUUGCCCUGGUGACAGUGUUCCAGCCGACUGAGGUGGAGAUCUGUCUGCACCAGGAGAGUCUCAGAAACAAUGAGAAGUCUUCCCGCAGCCCUGUGGACCUGUGUGUGUGCCUGUACCGAGCAGCAGGCAUGACGGGCAGGGGCAGGAUGGGGGUCAGCAAACUGGUGCAGACCAGUAAGAGAUCGGUGCAGAGUUCUGUCGGCUGCACCGCCAUGCUGGAGCCGGGGGAGUAUGUGGUGGUGUGUAUGGGGUACAACCACUGGACUACAGGGGUAGAUAUGCAAGGAGUGAAGAACCCGGGUCGGCUGACAAACUUCCCGCCCUAUGUCCUGGCUGUGUACAGCUCCAAGAAGGUCAUGGUCGACCAGGUGGACCCACCUGAUAACGUGCUGGCUGACGCUGUCGUGCAGCUGGCUUUGGCUAGAGGCAAAAAGCAUGAGGGGAGAGAAGGUAUGACAUGCUACUACCUGACCCACGGAUGGGCGGGGCUGGUGGUUGUCGUGGAGAACCGACACCCUGACAGGUACCUGCAGGUACAGUGUGACUGUAAGGAGAGCUUCAACGUGGUGUCAACAAGAUGGCAGCUCAGAACGGUGGACAGUGUGCCACCUCUACACAGGCAAGUUGUGGUGGUUCUGUCUCAGCUGGAGGGUUCUUUUGGAUACUCCAUCUCCCACAAACUUAAGCACCGGAUGAGUCUGUACCCUUCUCUGGGAGACUGGGCCCCGCGGGGUGCCACCCACUUCCCCCACCUGACGGAGGACGUUGUCGGCCUGCACAGCCCCAGGCCGCUCUGAUCUCAUCUGAGUAAAAUACAGUCAAGCUGCUGAGAACUCAUCUCUCUUCACCAGGAGCAACUACAACACUUGUACUUCCCAUAGUCUUUGUAUGGAAAAUUUAUGGUCUAUGUUGUGAAUAAUGCAGAGGUGUAUGAAUAUUGUGUAAAAUUUGAGAUGGUGUCUUGUCCGAAAGUUUACGAAAUCAGGAUUAAAUUUUGUGCACAUUUGAAUAUUUGGAGCAAAGUGAUUGCAAUUUUCUUUUUACAAUACAGAUUAUGAAUGAUUAUGAAUUGUAUUUAAGUUAUGCAUCAAUUUUCCUGUUGUUCCCCUCUAUUAUGUACAGCAAUGUUGAAGGACGUUGGUCAUGGAGUGGCUACAUUUUUCACUAUUGUUCUUUAUUCAUAGCUACAUAAUUGUGCCCUUUUAUGUCUCACUAAUUGUUAGUCUGUGUACCACUAUAAGAUCCAUGAUGGUCGCUGUUAUAUCAUAUUCUGGACAGGAACAUGCAAUUAACAUUUAUACUUUGAUUUCUCAGGGUGUUCGUGGGGUUUCUUGUGUCUCAAGUGCAAUUUAUCCUUUUGUAUCCUUUGAGUGCUUUGUAGCUUUGAACAACACUACUGAGAUGAGAAAUGACCUUAUGAAUUGUAAUCAUCACUAACUUCUGUAAGUUCAUGGUUCUAACUGCACAAGCACGAGGUCAAAGAUGAAGGCCCCUAAUGUGUAAAAGGUUAUUGUCUAGACCAUGCUUACAUUUCCAGACAUGUUUUGUCUAUGUCUCAGGGGCUAAUAUCACUUUGAUAUAUUACCCACAAUGCAUCACAUUGAGCAUGUGCAGUUGAAACAAGGACAUUAUGUAUGACUAUAUAAUGCCUUUGGUUAAAACAAAGAACCUGCCUAUUCAUAAGGUUGCUUCUUGUCCUAUUCUGACCAUCCAGGAACAUCACUCACUGUUUAAAUGUUUUUGUUGUCUGAUAAUUGAGCAAACUCAACAUUUCCCCAGUAUUCUCUGUUUUGAUCCUACUAUUGUAAAAGCAAAGCUCUGUCUUGAUCAGUACUGUUGGUCACAGUGUGUUAUAAGCAUAUUGUAAAAUAUUAGUUGUAAGCAAAUUAGUUUGUUAAAUGUUGCGGUUAACCUUUUGUUGCUGUUUAUAGACCUGUCUUUAUAAAAAGAGAAAAGUCAUGUGCUUGCCAUGUAGAUAAUGUUUUCAUCCUAAUUGUGUAAAAAAAAAUCAAAGUAGAAAUAACUACUGGAUAAUUUUGUGCCAUUCUGUCAUAUUUUUUCUGAAUGUAGCAAAUAGAGACAGAUACAUUACUUGUUAGAUUGUGG